CGGAGCAGGAGGGAUCGAGAGAGCGGAGUGGACCAAGGGAACGCAACAAAUAAUAGGAUCGUGAUGAUAGACGCAAUAAGUAUGAAGACAAGAAUUACCGAGGCGAGAGGUAUGACCAAGAGGACAAGUGGGAACAUGGGCGUAGGCUGCCGGAACCCACCUGUUGAAAGGCAGCAUUACGAAUCGAAGCCAUCGACAUCCUCUACAUCUUAUCGAGGGAGGUCAUACUCACCUAAACACAUAGAAAGCAGCUACGAAAGACGAACGGCAUCAGCGGACCCACAUGUCGCAAAGCAGAUCCGAGAAUUGGGCGCUAGCGUAGCCAGAGUUCGUGACUACAUAGAACAAGACCGAGUGAAGAAGGCAACGAAAGAGCAGAAGAAGAAGGAGAAAGAACAAGAGAAGCGUCGUCUAGAAGAUGAAUGCAUGGCACGCGAGCGGCAAGAGAUGAAGAAAGUCGACAAGGAGAAAAAAGCAGUAGAAAGAGCGAAACAAGAAGCUCUGAAGGAUGCGGAACUACGUGAAGAGAUGCGUAAAGUGGUGAACAUGCAAGUGCACAUGCAAUUGGGUCAGGUGAAUGAGGCUCUACAGGAGGGGCUGCAACUUACAGCGGAACAGGCGAAGACACUGAGGAGGAAGAAAGGGAAGGAGGAAGUUACCUACCAGAGCGAAGACAAAGAGACAAGCGACGAAGAGAGUUGUAGCGAAGAAGAGGAAUUGAGUCGAAAGACUACUAGGCUGCGCAUCUCGGAGAAGAGGAAGAGGGCAGACGAGCACGCGUUCGAGGACAACCCUCCGAUGGAACUCCCGCCAAAGAGAAUCCCAGCUAGGGGUAUAUUAAAACCAUUGAAGUUGUCGACCAAGCUGGCACGCUCGAAGCGUCGUGAAUCGGGUGCAGCGAAGGGCAUCAAAUUAGCCUCCACGAGAACGCCGAGCAAGACGAAGAAGACACUGGUACGCAUGAAGACGCCGUCAUCAGCGAAGAAGACACCACAGGCAGGUAAAGUAGACAAGACCCCGGGGCAAAACAGAGGUUUGGAUAAGUCGGUGUCUUUUGGAUCAACGGAAAAGCUGAAACGGAAGAAUGCGAUUAUGUUGAGCCUAAGAGGUUUGGACGCACCGACAUCGCAGGGGAUUUGCAAGAAGGAAGGGAUUCCGUACACAGGUAAGAUAGACGCAAUCUUCGAUAUUCGCAUCCUGAUGGAUACGGAGGAAGUGGAGACACGAAGGGAGGACGACGACCAGACUGACGUGGUGACAUAGGAGGAGGAGGAAGAUGAGAUAACCAAUCACUAGGAAGUCUUAAGCAACGAUGUA